AUGGACGGAUUUAACGAAGCGAAUGUGUGGGGAAGUGCAUCCCCGUUGGAUCAGUCCACACAUGAUUCGACCAAUGAUGUUUCCAAUGUUGGUUCAGAUUCAUUUUUGGGAUCCUCCGAAAAGAAGAAUGAUGAUGCUAAUGCAAUUGGAAAUGAAGAGAUGAAAGAUGACAACCAUGUUCAAGAUACCAGAAUAAAUUCAAUUGAGCAGCCGAGCUUCUCUGAAAAUUCCACAUCAAGAGAUAUGGGCUUCCAUACACCGGAUAGACGUAACAGUGAUGUGGAUGACUUCAAGAUUCAGAAUGAGUUGGCCGAAACUAUGAGAUCGUUAACACUUGAUAAAGUUGAAGGUGGACAUGACUUUGAAGAGACUCAGGCCGAUAAUGAGAUCUUACCAGGUGGUGAACAACAAGAUGUAAGCUCAAGCACAGAAAAGAAAAAGCACCUUAUGAAUACUUUGACAUCGAUUUCAAACGACGACCUUGGGUUCUUGGAUGAAGGUAAAAAGGUUGAUCUUACAGUUCCUGCAUCAGGUGAGAAUCUUUUCGAAGGUCAAAGCGAUGAAAAAGGACCAUUAGACAUAAUAGGGAUGGCUGGAGAGACCGGAAAGACUUCCAAAGAUGCAGAUACUGCUAUUGGAGCCUCAAAGCCAAGUGCUGGUUCACUUUCAUCUCCAAACAGAAAGACUCUUUUGCUUCGGCCAAGACGUAUAAAGAGCAGAAGACGGGGAUCUUCUUCGAAAGUUGGUGAUGCAAGUAAAACAAAUGGAUCGAUUGAUCCUUUAGCUGCAGUUCAGCUAAAUGCAUCACCUUUAAAAAGUAAAGGUGCGAAUGAUGAGACUCCAGCUGGUGAUUUGAGUCCAAGCACCCGUAAACAGAAGAUAAUCGCCUCGUUAGACAGGCCAUUAUUCAAUAUGGACAUGAAGCCCGGUAAUUUCAAUGGAGUUUCCACAACUGGAACCAAUUCAGAACAGGAAAUUGCAAAAAAGACGGCGCCUUUGCCAGAACCUCUUGCAGCAAAGUUUGAUAUCACAGUUGGUGAUCCAACAAAAAUUGGAGAGCUUACAAGUACGCACAUAGUUUACACGAUCACAACAAGGACAUCUUCUGGCCUUUUAACCGAACCGGUUACAGAAGUUACUCGUAGAUACAAGGAUUUCCUAUGGUUAUACAGGCAGCUGAUUAACAAUCAUCCCGGCUAUAUCAUCCCUCCACCUCCAGAAAAGCAAAUUUAUGGAAGAUUCGAUGAUAAGUUUAUUGAGAGCAGAAGAAUAGCAUUAGAAACGAUGCUCAACAAAAUUGCGGGACGUGCAGUUCUCCAAAAGGAUGCCGAGUUUAUUAUAUUUUUGCAGAGCAAGCAGUUCGCCGAAGAUUCUCACGACAGAGAUCAGGUAAUACAUCAUGUUCGAGAAACAGCUCCUGGAGGUGAUGGUAAUAGUGGGGAUGAAGACUCUGUGGGAAGUAGAGAUGAUUCUAGUUCUGCUGCUCCUAUGUCAAUGGCUGAUGUUAUCACUAUGGGUGAGACCAGUACCAGUACUGGAGGAUUCUUUAGCUCCUUGAUUGGUUUGAAUAUUCCCAAGUACAUCGAAACUGAUCCAUACAUGCUUGAAAAGCAAUCGUAUGUGGAGAAUUUAGACGGUCAGUUGCACUCAUUAUCAAAAAGUCUUGACUACAUUUUGGAAAAGAGAGAAGAGUUGAUAGCUGCCAAAGGAGAGGUCGUGAAACUAAUCUCGAAUAUGACCGAUAUCGAGGUCAAUAGCGAUGUGAGUGAACUAUUCGGCAAUUUCGAAGAGUUACAAAGCAAAAUUCAACAAUUACUUGAAAGAACAAAUCUGUCGCAGAUUAUGACGAUUGGUGUAACAAUCGAUGAAUAUAUUCGUGCAAUAGGUUCUAUUCGGAAUUGCUUUGAGAGUAGGUUCAAACUUUGCAACUCUCUUGUUAAUGUGGAGUAUCAGCAAGAAAAAAAGGCUAAGCAGUUAUCGAAGUUGAAGGUCAAGUACCAGAAUCAGACGGAGAAAAUCAAUAAAUGUCAAAGAGAGCUCGAUCGUCUAGAUAAGGCAGUGCAGACUCAAUCCGAGUUUCGUGAUAAGUACAAUGUUCGGUUUAGGAAGGAGCUAGAUAGAUUUGAUGUAGAGAAGGUCAAAGAGUUCAAAAACAUGAUUGAGAUCUAUUGGAAGGGAUUGGUUGAAAGUCAAAAGGAAUUGAUCGAGCUUUGGGAAAGCUUUUAUGAGAAGUGUGGCUUUGAUAAGAGUGACAAUGAGAAAGACGAUUGA